UUCUCCUCUGGGCUGAGAUCAUCAGUAAGGCCAACUCCACCACACAAGCCCCUCCUCCUCCUCCACAGUGUCCUUACACCGUCAAACCCAUCCCGUUUGGCUUCAGGAUUGAGAUGACCUCUACCACUGGCAACUACACCAUAAGCCUGAAGGAAAAGGGAUCAGAGACUGGAAACAACUUCACCGUUCAGUUCUCCAAUAAAACACAUGAUAUCGAACACCUGAAGCCGUGUACUGAAUAUGAGCAUAAUGUGACACUCAUUGAAGGUCCUGACAACGAAACACCUUGUGACUGCACUGAAGAGACAACGAAGACAACUGGAAUGAGUAAAGAUGACAUUACAGAUGGCAGCAACAUGCCUGGAUAUGUUUGUUACCGUAGCGGCUGGAACAUCAGCUCUUCACUAGCAGCAUCAAAUAAUAUGUCAGCUAAGCCAAACGAAAGGGACAAUAAGGAGUUCUGUAUCAAACUUGGUUUCAAUGACACUUGCACAGAUUUGACUACGACGUUCACUUCAGGAAACAAAUGUGUAGAUUCCUUUAACCUCACCAGAAGCAUCACUGUUGGUUUCUUAAAUCCAAGUGAAAUAAAACAGACAAUUUCAACUGAUUUUCCUGUAAAAAUACAACCAAAAAUAUCUCCAAACUGCAAGAAUCUCAGCAUUGAUUACACCUGUCGGGAAGAUGGAAAACUCAGUGAGACCCGAACACUUUCUGAGCUGGAGCCCUACACAAGCUACAGCUGUGCUGGUCGCACUUCAAGCCAUUUUAAUGAGCAUUACAAUGUAGCUCCAGUCAUUAGUUGAGUACAGUGGUUAGUC